UGCUGUCCAGAGCGACCGAGAAGCAGCAGCCACAUCCCCGGGUCUGUCUCUCCCAGUAAGGCGCAGGAGAAGGGCGCUCGGUUUUCGGGCCGUGCCCUUCCCGAAGAAAGAAGGGGAGACAACGUGGCAGCUUCGGCCUCUGCUCCCUUGCACACCUGCACGGCGUCCCUGGUAGGCCGUUGGGCCAGUCCUUCUUCCACGCCUCUACCGCCGUUUUUUUUCUUUUGGCGGCCCUACGGAGAUGGGAGAUGAUGCCGAUGGAGAACGUGGACGGUUCAGGGAUUGACAGGGAACUUCGCUAAAGGAACAGCAGCCCUUGACCUGCGGCUAGUUCCCGCCUGAAUAUAUCCAGUCUUUGGUCCCAGCCCGAACCUCGAGUGAGUCCCUCAGCACCGAGACAGAACUGGCUCCGACGGGAGGUGAAGUCCCGCCGCCUCCAACUCCGGCGCAGGAGAACUCCCAGACUUUUUCGUCCUUAUCUCGCUAUUGGUCAGGAUAAGCCAGACAGCCCGUCCGGGCCGCCCACUCGAGCGAGGCGGGGCCACGCUAAAUUUCAUUGAGGUGGAGGAAAGUAGCAGCGGCGUUGGGCGGGAGCUUCGCAGCGAGGAAGGCGAGCUGGCGCGCCGCUCUUCUGGCCCCGGUGGCGCAGGGUGCGCUCGCCGCUCGGCAGCUCCGGACGCUUCCCGCGAUGCCUCCUCCCUAGUCCUUGGGAAGACUGGGUGACUUCUCGCCUGGAGCGCGCGGCUGCGUCCCGAGUUCUGUUCCCCGACUAGGCGGCUCUUGUUACGGCCGGGAAUCUCGGUCGUUAACUCUCGGGAUCCGUCCAGGGUCGACGCGGCCGGCUACCAUGCGCCCAUUCAGACGGCUUGAAUAGCAUAAAGGCAGCCCUCGGCACCCCGCCCCCGCUCCCAUGCCGGGCAGGGCAAAAUGGUUGUCAAGUGAAGAAAUUUUUUUCCUUAAAAAAGAAAAAGAAAAACUCUCUUUGCGGCAGAAACGAAGCGCCUUGAUUGAAACUUCGAUUGGUCUUGACGUCGGCGGUUGUUGGAGGUUUUGACUCACCCUAUUGAGGGAUUUUUAAGCUGAAGCCCGAGGGACGGGCUUCUUUGCUCUAGCCCUGAAGGAGAGCGGACCUAAGAAAGUUGCCGGUGCCUGCAGUAUAUAGACAGUGCAAGCGGACGGCUGUCCUUUGUUUCUCUAAGGCUCCUCUUGGUCCGAUCUCCUAGCGAUGGCCACAGAAGUGGUGUGUGGACUAAUCUUCAGAUUGCUCCUUCCCAUCUGUCUAGUCACUGCAUGUGCAUUCCGCUACAAUGGACUCUCAUUUGUCUACCUCAUCUACCUCUUACUUAUUCCACUGUUUUCUGAACCUACGAAAAUAACAAUGCAAGGGCAUACAGGGCGGUUAUUAAAAUCCUUGUGUUUCAUGAGUUUAACAUUUCUGCUUGUGCACAUCAUCUUUCAAAUCACAAUAGCCAGCCUUGAAGCUGCAAAAACUAUUCAACCUAAUUAUAACUGUUUGACAUGGGAAAAAGCACUAAGACAGAUUGGAUUUGAAAGUGUCAAAGGGGCAGAUGCUGGCAAUGGGAUCCGAAUUUUUGUUCCUGAUAUUCUCAUGUUUAUUGCUAGCCUGAUCACAUGGCUUGUGUGCAGAAACAUUGUUCAAAAGCCAGUACAAGAAAAUUUGGGAGAAUAUAAUGCCCAGUUUGAAAAUGAAGACAUGAAUGAAAUUGAGAGAAUAGAGGCGGAAGAUGCAUUAAUAUGUGAAGAUCUAGAUGAUGCAGAAUGUGGAGAGGAAGAAUUUGAAGAAACGACAAAAUUAAAAAUACUUCGCAGAAUUGCCUCAAUAGCUUCCAAAAUGAAGGAAAUUAUUGGUAAUCUUAUAACCACAGCUGGAAAAGUUGUUGUUACAAUUUUACUUGGUACAACAGGAAUGAUGUUGCCUUCCCUGACUUCAGCUGUAUAUUUCUUUUUAUUCUUGGGCUUGUGCACAUGGUGGUCCUGUUGUCGAGCAUUUGAUCCUCUGAUCUUCAGCUGCCUUUGUGUGUUAAUGGCAAUAUUCAGUGGAGGCCAUUUAAUUGCACUUUAUCUAUAUCAGUUACAGUUUUUUCAGGAAAUCAUUCCACCUGGUGACUUUUAUGCCAGGUUGUUUGGUAUCACUCCAGUUAUUCAGACUAACUGCUCAAGCACCUGGAAACUCAUAACCAACCAAAAUUUGAAUUGGUACCAUCAUACCAACCCUAUCUUGCUGCUACUCUUGUAUUAUACCCUAUCAACUCUGAUUCGACUUUGGUUAAAUGAACCAAUUGUACAGAUGCCUGAUGAUGACAAAUCAGAUAUAAAUAAGGAAGAAGGAAUAGAGUGCACUCCAAUUCAAAUAACUGCAGACAGAAGACGCAGCUUGUGGUAUACCAGUCACUACACAACUGAUGAGAAAAAACUUUUGUCAAUGACUCAGGAUGAACACAAGCCAUCUGAUGUUCUGCUUGUGACACUGAAUGGUACACCUGUUGAUUAUCAAAGCAUACAUCCUUUGCGCCCUAUAGAAAAUGGACCUGCCAAGACAGAUAUGUACUCAAGACCACAAUACAAGUGGGAUCCCUCGGCUAAUGAGGAGGAGGAAGGGGAGGAGGAGGAGGAGGAGGAGGAAGAAGAAGAAGAAGAAAAUUCAGAGGAAGAAAAAAACUCCAAAGUUCAUGCAAUGGUCACAGUUUUCCAUUUUAUCAUGAAACAGAGUUAUGUCUGUGCUUUGAUCGCUAUGAUGGCCUGGAGUAUUACUUACCACAGUUGGUUAACAUUUAUAUUAUUGAUAUGGUCUUGUAUACUUUGGAUGCUUCGUGACCGAAGGAAAUAUGCAAUGAUAAGUUCACCUUUUAUGGUGGUUUAUGGAAAUUUAUUAUUAACAUUUCAAUAUAUAUGGAGUUUUGAGCUGAAUGAUAAGGAACUUCCUCAAGUUUCUGGAUUUCUAGAAAGGAAAGCACCUCCUGAAUUAGGAUCAAAGAUACUUUUUGGACUUACUUUUUGGCUGCUGUUGAGACAACACCUCACUGAGCGAAAGACUUUGCAAUUAAAUGAAACUGUUUUGUCAGAGGUCAAAAUUGGAGAGGAAGAGAGUGAAGAAAAAGAUGAGGAAUCCCAAAAAGAAGAAGAAGAAUCCCCCAAAGAGGAAGAGAAAGAGGAAGAUGAAAUGGGGGAAUUAGAGGAGAAGGAAGAGCAGGAGGAGGAGGAGGAGGGGGAAGAAGAAGAAGAAGAAAAUGAUGUCAUGAAAGUCCUAGGGAACAUGGUGAUGGCGAUGUUUGUUAAGUACUGGAUUUACGUCUGUGGAGGAAUGUUCUUCUUUGUCAGCUUUGAGGGAAAAAUUGUCAUGUACAAAAUCAUCUAUAUGAUGCUCUUCUUGUUUUGUGUAGUCCUAUAUCAGGUUCACUAUGAAUGGUGGCGACGAAUUCUGAAAUACUUUUGGAUGUCAGUUGUAGUUUACACAAUGUUAGUACUUGUUUUCAUUUACACAUAUCAAUUUAAAGCAUUCCCUGACUUGUGGAAAAACAUGACAAACAUGAAUGAUGAUCAGCUAAAGGAUCUUGGUUUAGAACAGUAUUCCACAGCAGAAUUAUUCACUCGCAUUUUUAUCCCAACCUCCUUUCUAUUGGUAUGCAUACUGCACUUGCAUUACUUCCAUGACCGUUUCCUCCAACUCACAGAUUUAAAAGCCAUAGUCAGCAAACAAGACAAUGCCAUUUACAGAUUGGUGCAUCAAGAUGAAAGCUUGCCUGAUCUCACAAUGAUGAAUUUGAAUGCCAACACUGAACAGGAAGAGGAAAAGAUGUUGCAAGAUCAAGAAAAAAUGUUGCAGGAAGAAAAUGUAGUGGAAAGAAGAGAAAGUGAAAAUGAAGUAGAUGAUAAUGAAAAAAAGGAAGAAGAAUUGGAUGAAGAAGGUGAAAGUGAAGAUGAGGAUGAGGAUGAAUCGGACACAGAAGAAAUAUCAGAUUUAAGGAACAAAUGGCAUUUGGUAAUUGACCGUCUAACUGUACUUUUCUUGAAGUUCCUGGAAUGCUUUCAUAAGCUUCAAGUUUUUGUAUGGUGGCUUUUGGAACUACACAUAAUCAAAAUUGUGUCAUCAUAUAUUAUAUGGGUAACAGUAAAAGAGGUUUCUCUCAUUAACUAUGUGUUUGUGAUUGCCUGGGCUUUUGCUCUGCCAUACUCUCAGUUCCGUCCAUUGGCAUCCGGUGUCUGCACAGUUUGGACCUGUGUGAUUAUUAUCUGUAAAAUGUUCUACCAGCUUGAAUCUAUUAAUGUUGCAUCAUUUUCUAUCAGUUGUCCAAUGCCUAAUACUACUGAAUAUCAGGAAAGCCUGAAUGAAUCACUUCUCUACAAAAAACCCAUUGAUCCAACUGAGUGGGUUGGAUUAAGAAAGUCCUAUCCACUGCUUGUGUACUUGAGGAAUAACCUGCUGAUGCUGGCAAUUCUGGCCUUUGAAGUUACUAUUUACCGACACCAAGAAUACUACCGAUGUCAUAAUAAUCUCACUGCCCCAGAAACCAAAACUAUUUUUCAUGAUAUUACCAGAUUACAUUUGGAUGAUGGCAUAGUCAAUUGUCUUAAGUAUUUUAUAAACUACUUCUUCUACAAAUUUGGUUUGGAGAGUUGUUUCCUCUUGUCUGUAAAUGUAAUUGGUCAGCGAAUGGAUUUCUAUGCAAUGAUCCAUGCCUUUGCUUUAAUUGCUGUUUUGUAUCGGCGGAGAAGAAAAGCUAUUGCAGAAAUAUGGCCAAAGUACUGCUGUUUUCUGUCAUGCAUUAUUACGUUCCAGUACUUCAUAUGUAUUGGCAUCCCACCUGCACCUUGUAAGGAUUACCCAUGGAGAAAUCCAAAUGCCAACUUCAACUCUAAUAUCAUCAAAUGGUUAUACUUUCCAGAUUUUAUUGUUAAACCAAAUCCAGUCUUUCUUGUGUAUGAUUUCAUGUUACUACUAUGUGCAUCCUUACAAAGGCAAACAUUUGAAGAUGAGAAUAAGGCUGCGGUACGCAUCAUGGCUGGAGACAAUGUAGAAAUCUGCAUGAACCUUGAAGCAGCUUCAUUUAGUCAACACAAUCCUGUUCCUGAUUUUAUUCAUUGCCGAUCUUAUCUAGACAUGAGUAAAGUGGUUGUGUUCAGUUAUCUCUUCUGGUUUGUUCUCACUAUCAUCUUUAUAACGGGAACCACUCGGAUCAGUAUAUUUUGUAUGGGAUACUUGGUAGCCUGUUUUUAUUUUCUACUUUUUGGAGGAGAUCUGUUACUAAAGCCAAUCAGGAGCAUCCUUCGAUAUUGGGAUUGGCUGAUUGCUUAUAAUGUGUUUGUGAUUACAAUGAAAAAUAUAUUAUCGAUAGGAGCAUGCGGCUACAUCAAGUCAUUGAUCAACAAUAGCUGUUGGGUGAUUCAAGCAUUCAGUCUGGCUUGUACAGUUAAAGGUUAUGACAUUCCUUUGGAUGACCCAGAGUGUAAAUUGCCAAGCGGAGAGGCAGGAAUAAUCUGGGACAGCAUUUGCUUUGCUUUUCUGUUGCUCCAAAGAAGAGUUUUCAUGAGUUACUACUUCCUUCAUGUUAUUGCUGAUAUUAAAGCUUCACAGAUUCUGGCAUCCAGAGGUGCUGAACUUUUCCAAGCCACAAUUGUGAAAGCUGUAAAAGCAAGACUUGAGGAAGAGAAAAAAUCAAUGGAUCAAUUGAAGAGACAGAUGGAUCAUAUCAAAGCCAGACAACAGAAGUAUAAAAAGGGUAAAGAAAGGGUGAUGAGCAUGAGUCAAGAAGCCUCAGAUGAGCAAGCAAUUCAAAAGGUUGCUGAAGAAGAAGAAGAUGAUGAUGAUGGAGAAGCAGACAAAGAAAAAACCAAGGGCAAAAAAAAGCAGUGGUGGCGGCCUUGGGUUGAUCAUGCUUCCAUGGUCAGAAGUGGAGACUAUUAUUUGUUUGAGUCGGACAGUGAAGAAGAGGAGGAGGAGGAAGGAAAGGAAGAGGAAGAGCCUCCCAAAAGAUCUGCUUUCCAGAGAGCUAUUGCGAAAUUUGCUUCAGCCAUUUUAGCCUUGCCAAAGUCUGUUAUUAAACUGCCCAAAACUAUUCUUCAAUAUUUAAUCAGAGCUGCAAAGUUUCUUUAUCAGGCCUGGAUUACUGAUCCUAAAACUGCCCUACGACAGAGGCGCAAAGAAAAGAAAAAGAAUAAAAAAAGGCAGAAAGUAUCUGAUGAAGUUGAAAUAGAUAUGGAGGGUGCAGAAAGAGAUGAACCUGUCAAAAGUAAAUCUGAUGGCCCUGAUAAUAUCUUUAAAAGAAUAUAUAACAUUUUGAAGUUUACCUGGGUUCUUUUUCUGGCGACAAUAGACAGUUUUACAGCUUGGCUAAAUUCAAUUUCAAGAGAGCAUAUUGAUAUCUCCACAGUAUUAAGAAUUGAGAGAUGCAUGCUAACUAGAGAAAUAAAAAAGGGAAAUGUUCCAACUCGAGAGAGUAUCCAUAUGUUUUACCAGAACCAAAUAAUGAAACUUUCUAGGGAAUCAGGAUUGGAUGAAAUUUAUGAGCCUGGACAGGCUGAGAGGACUGCAAGUUUAGAAUCAGCAGCUUCUCGUGACAGUGAAUCCAGCUGCUGCACGGAAGCAACUACACUGUUGUUGUCCAGGCAAUCUACCCUUGAUGAUUUAGAUGGUCCAGACCCUAUUCCUAAAACAAGUGAACGUGCACGACCUAGGCUUCGUAAAACAUACAGCAUGGAUAUGUCCUCCUCAUCCGCUGACAGUGGCAGUAUAGUAUCAAGUGAGGCUACCCAAGUCACUAUGCUAUAUUCCCGUCAGGGAACGGCAGAAACUAUUGAAGAGGUUGAAGGGGAAGACCAUGAAGGAGAAGAGGCAGAACCUGAACCUAUAGAAGAACAUGAAAUGGAAGAUUAUUGUAUGGAUUCUGAAGGAGCUGCAUAUAUUUCUGAUACAGAUAUGCCAUCCUAUUCUGGUUUAGAUGGCAUUGCUGAACCCCCUCCUUCAUAUAGCAAAGCUGUGAGCUUGGAACUUUUCCCCUUAGAUAGUUCCCAGGAUGAUUCAUCUAGUAGAAACCAAAUGAUAGUGAGCCCAGAUGAAAAUCAGUCUGAAAAACCAGAAGAUUCUAUUCUUCCACCUUUGACACAUGAACUGACUGCAAGUGAAUUACUACUUAACAAAAUGUUUCAUGAUGAGGAACUAGAUGAGUCUGAGAAAUUCUACGCUGGUCAACCUCGACAUUUGCUUCUUAUUUAUGCUCUAUAUAAUACACUUGUAGCCCGCUCAGAAAUGGUGUGCUAUUUUGUGAUCAUUCUUAAUCAUAUGAUCUCUGCCUCCACAAUUACCCUUGUGCUUCCUAUCCUCAUCUUCCUUUGGGCAAUGCUAUCUGUUCCGAGGCCUAGCAAACGUUUUUGGAUGACAGCUAUAAUCUAUACCGAGGUUACAAUAGUGAUAAAGUAUUUUUUCCAGUUUGGAUUCUUUCCUUGGAAUAAACACUUAGAACUAAAAAAAGAUAGACCUUAUUUUGCUCCUAAUAUUAUUGGUAUUGAGAAGAAAGAGGGGUAUGUGCACUACGACCUUGUUCAACUACUUGCUUUGUUUUUCCAUCGGUCCAUUUUAAAGUGUCAUGGAUUAUGGGAUGAGGAAGAUGGAGGAGACAAUGGGAGUAGUAAAGAUGACUCAGAUGACGAGUUGGCUGAAUCAUAUAGAAGAGAUUCUGCUGACUCUUUGAUGUCAGUCAAUUUGGCAGCAUCUGUUGAAUCCAUACAUGUCCAUUUCCCAGAACAGCAAACCGCCAUCCGCAGGAAAAGUUCAAGCAGUGGCUCACAUUUAUCACAGAGAUCCAGCUUCUCCUCUCACCGUUCAAAGAGAGGAAGUACCAGCACACGCAACAGUAGUCAAAAAGGAAGCAGUGUAUCAAGCAUAAAAAGGAAGUCAAGAAAAGAACUUCUAAUGGAAAAACUGAGAGAACAAUUUAUCAUUGCAAAGGCAUUUACAAUUAAAAAGGCACUUCAAAUAUAUCUGCCCAUCAGACAGUUUUUCUACAAUCUUAUCCAUCCGGAAUACAGUGCUGUGACAGAUGUUUAUGUCCUGAUGUUCCUAGCUGAUACUGUGGACUUCAUUAUAAUUGUCUUUGGAUUCUGGGCUUUUGGGAAACAUUCUGCAGCAGCAGAUAUUACAUCUUCAUUAUCAGAAGACCAAGUCCCAGAGGCCUUCUUAGUGAUGGUACUAAUUCAGUUUGGAACCAUGGUAGUAGAUCGGGCACUGUACCUGAGAAAGACAGUCAUGGGAAAAGUCAUCUUUCAGGUUAUCCUUGUUUUCGGCAUACACUUUUGGAUGUUCUUUAUCUUGCCCAUAGUUACAGACAGGAAAUUUAGUCAAAACAUAGUUGCCCAGCUUUGGUAUUUUGUGAAAUGUGUUUACUUUGGAUUAUCGGCAUACCAGAUACGUUGUGGCUAUCCAACCCGCGUACUUGGCAAUUUCCUUACAAAAAGUUAUAAUUACGUAAAUCUCUUUUUAUUCCAAGGGUUCCGCCUAGUCCCUUUCUUGACUGAAUUGAGGGCAGUUAUGGACUGGGUUUGGACAGAUACCACAUUAAGUCUUUCCAGUUGGAUCUGUGUUGAAGAUAUUUAUGCUCAUAUAUUCAUUUUAAAGUGCUGGCGAGAGUCAGAAAAACGAUAUCCCCAACCAAGGGGCCAGAAGAAAAAGAAAGUUGUGAAGUAUGGAAUGGGUGGCAUGAUUAUUGUCUUGCUGAUAUGCAUAGUGUGGUUCCCGCUGCUCUUCAUGUCUCUAAUUAAAUCUGUUGCAGGUGUCACAAAUAAACCUCUUGAUGUAUCCAUCACAAUAACUUUAGGAGGUUAUCAGCCUAUUUUUACAAUGAGUGCCCAGCAAAGUCAACUAAAAAAUAUGACAAAUAGACAAUUUAAAGACCUCCACAGAACAUUUAAGAAGGAUACUGGUGCUUUACAAUUUCUAGAAAACUAUGCUAUAGAAGAUAUAACAGUGGCUCAGCUAGAAGGCAGCUCAAAUUCUUUAUGGACCAUCAGCCCUCCUAGCAGAAAAAAUAUGAUAAAGGAGCUCAAGGCAGAUAAUCCUGAUUUUUCUUUGGUUAUUUCAUGGAACAUUCAAAGAAAUGCCUCACUUGGAGCAAAAGCAGAAACAGUAACAGAUAAAAUAUCUCACAAUCUACCAGCUGAUACAAGAAAAAAAAUUGCAGCAAUGAUGGAAAAUCCAAAUCUACAUGUAAACCACUUUGUGACACUUGCUGGAGUAUAUCCACAUUAUGUCAAAGCACCUAGCGAUAAUGCUGCAAAACCUAUAAAACAACUUUUGGAAGGUGGGAAGUUUAAAGAUAUCACUGUUUCACUAUCCAAUAAUAAUGUGUCUGGUGAACUUCAUGAAUGGUGGGUUUUAAAUCAGAAGAACAAAUUUUUGGAGUCAAAUAAAACUAGAUUGGAACUAAUUGUGUUCAGUGACAAAGUCAGUCCUCCCAGUCUUGGAUUUUUGGCAGGUUAUGGAAUCAUGGGUUUAUAUGCUUCAGUUGUGUUGGUAAUAGGAAAAUUUGUCCGUGAAUUCUUCAGUGGAAUCUCCCAUUCUAUUAUGUUUGAAGAGCUUCCUAACGUGGAUCGUAUCCUAAAGCUGUGUACAGAUAUCUUCUUAGUGCGGGAGACUGGUGAAUUAGAACUAGAGGAAGAUUUAUAUGCUAAACUAAUAUUCCUGUAUCGUUCACCGGAGACUAUGAUCAAAUGGACUAGAGAAAAAACGAAGUAAUCUAAUUGGAGUUCACAAAAUUUGGAAUUUUUUUGGGAAAAAAAUAAGCACAAAAUUCACUUUUAUAAUUGGGAAGCGAUUUUUUGUUCAUGGAAUUUGCUUGCUUCCUUAGAAAGAAUUUUUUUUCAGAUGCAACUAUUAUUAACAUCAGAGACUUUUUCUUUUUGAUUUAGUGAACAGCAUUAUCUGCAACCACAUCUAAGUUAAUUCUAAGCAGAAAAUAAAAACAGAAUAUGAGAUCUUUUGUCUGAAAAGAAAUCUUGAACUGUGCAAUUUGCUGUUUAACAUCAAUAAUUCUCAAGGAUCUACUACUAUGAUCCAAGUUGCCCUUCUAGGAAGUCCAAGGCAAUUAAUCACAGUUGGUGCUGAAGGCAAUUUUAUUAUUUGCAUUUCUAAGAAAACAUCUGUUAAAGACUAAACAGCCAUACAGUUUUGGAGGGGAAAAGAUCAAGUGAUAUAAUCAUUAACUGCCUUAUUUUAUUUAAACAAUUAAAGAAGAUAUUGAAAACAUCAGUGACUUUACUCAGGAAAAUAAACUGUCAAUCUUCAACUAAUGGAUAGUUAUAGAGAAAUAUUGUGAUGUUUUUGCUGGGGCCAUUUUCUCCAUCUGACAAGAUAGAUAUUAAAAAGAAAAAUAAAGAAGACGUUGAAUCAUGAACAGCCUUUGUGGGCUAAUCUUUUUCUUUAAUCACUACAAUGUGCUUUCCCCUAUUUUGACAUUUUAAUGUAAUGAUAUGACUUAUACUUAGCAUUUCCUUCCAGUGUUUCAAGUUUACAUAUUCCAAUUCCCAUUUUUAUGUCCAAGAUGUCUUUUUAAAAUUCCCAGUCAUGAGAAAGUAUAUAUAUAUAUAUAUAUAUAUUGAAAUGGGCUUUUCCUAAAUUAUUGCUAUAAGUGACACAGGCUGUUUAGCAAAAGACACUGUAGCAUGAAUAUUUAGUGCUGAAAGGUAGUUUUCAUUUGAUGAUUUAAAACACAUUAUUUCUUAACAUUAAUUAAUUAUAAUUACAAUAUGGUAAGAAAUUAUGUCAUCAUUCCCAAAUAUAAUGCCGUUCAAAGGUAAUGGAAGUGCUAUUCCCGGAGCAUCAGGUUAGCUGGACAUGUUGGGGAUUGUAGGCUCAAAACAGCUGCAGGGAGCCAAGUUGGAGAAGGAUGGAAUAACUAGUUUUCAUUCCAUACCAAUUUCAAACAACGUUCUUGUUGCAAAGACCAUCUUAAAAGUAUUUUUCCUAUGCUUGUUUACACUGAAUGAAAUUCUCUUUGUAUAAAUUAAAUAUGUGAAAAUUGUGAA